CAAAUUAUAAUCUAAGGAACCUAGAACAAAGAUAUCAAGAGUGGCAAGAACAUCAACAAACAGUGGUCAGAACAAUAUUAAAUAGCCUAAUUGAUUUCCCAACAACGGUUUUACAAGACCCUAAUACAGUUCGUACUAAAGAACAUCCUUCUGGUGCUACAAAUCGUCAAUCAACUAGCACAACAAGAAGAGAUCCUUCUGGUUUUGAAUUUAUUGAUGCCAAAGUAAGGAACUGUUCUCUUUGUAAACAGGCUAGGCAUAAUAUAAUGCCUAUACUUGUCCAAGUAGAAGUAGUACUUAAUAAAUAA